AUGGCAUCCAAAUUUACGAGAUUUUUGAAUUCAGAAACAGGUCCUAGGACCGUCCACUUUUGGGCUCCAGUUCUCAAGUGGUCGCUUGUUUUCGCAGGUGCGAGUGAUAUGCAAAGACCCGUCGAGGUGGUUUCGGGUACACAGCAAAUGGCCCUCUUCGCUACCGGUGUCAUCUGGACUAGAUGGUCAUUCGUUAUUAAACCAAAGAACUACCUUCUCGCAUCCGUGAACUUCUUCCUGGCUGGGUUUUCAGGAUACCAGAUUGCCAGAAUCUUCAACUGGAGAACAACACAAGGCGAUUCAGCCUUGCAAGCCUUGCAAUAUUUGCUGCAUGGCCAGCCAGAGAUUGCUCCAAAAGACGUCGAGAAGGUCGAGGCUGCUGCUAGUACUGCUUAG